GCGGCGAUGCGCACGGCCGGAGAGACGCGGAGGAGGAGACAUGAGCCGGCGGGCGCCCAGACGGUGCGGCCGUGACGCGUUCCUGCGGCAGCCUCGCGCCCCGGCCCUGGAGCGCUGACCUCUGGCCCCGCACAGCCCCGCGCCCCGGCCGGAGAUCGCGCCCCAGCUCGCAGCCCCGCCGCGCAUGCUGCCCCCGGAGUGACCCGAGCAGCCGCCCUCCCGCGGACGCCCGGACGGACGGCCGGCCGGUCAGCAGUGAGCGAGCUUCCUCGCACCAGCCGGGCGCCUCCUGCACCGCGGCGGCCGCCCCGUAGCCCCCGCGCCAGCCCGGAGGGCGCAGCGCUCGGGAGGAGCCGCGCGGGGCGCUGAUGCCGCAGGGCGCGCCGCGGAGCGCCCCGGAGCAGCAGAGUCUGCAGCAGCAGCAGCCGGCGAGGAGGGAGCAGCAGCAGCGGCGGCGGCGGCGGCGGCGGCGGCGGAGGCGCCCGGUCCCGGCCGCGCGGAGCGGACAUGUGCAGGCUGGGCUAGGAGCCGCCGCCUCCCCCCCGCCCAGCGAUGUAUUCAGCGCCCUCCGCCUGCACUUGCCUGUGUUUACACUUCCUGCUGCUGUGCUUCCAGGUACAGGUGCUGGCGGCCGAAGAGAACGUGGACUUCCGCAUCCACGUGGAGAACCAGACACGGGCUCGGGACGAUGUGAGCCGUAAGCAGCUGCGGCUGUACCAGCUCUACAGCCGGACCAGUGGGAAGCACAUCCAGGUCCUGGGCCGCAGGAUCAGUGCCCGCGGCGAGGACGGGGACAAGUAUGCCCAGCUCCUAGUGGAAACAGACACCUUCGGUAGUCAAGUCCGGAUCAAGGGCAAGGAGACGGAAUUCUACCUAUGUAUGAACCGGAAAGGGAAGCUCGUGGGGAAGCCUGAUGGCACCAGCAAGGAGUGUGUAUUCAUUGAGAAAGUCCUGGAGAACAACUAUACAGCCCUGAUGUCCGCCAAGUACUCUGGCUGGUACGUGGGCUUCACCAAGAAGGGGCGGCCCCGGAAGGGUCCCAAGACCCGGGAGAACCAGCAGGACGUGCACUUCAUGAAGCGCUACCCCAAGGGACAGGCAGAGCUGCAGAAGCCCUUCAAGUACACCACGGUGACCAAGAGGUCCCGGCGGAUCCGCCCCACGCACCCCGGCUAGGCUGGCCUCACCGCAGCUCCCCAAGGCUGCCCCCAGGCCCACACUCACACUCACAGAGAACUGCAUCAGAGGAAUAUUUUUACAUGAAAAAAUUAGGAAGAAGCUCUAUUUUUGUACAUUGUGUUUAAAAGAAGACAAAAACUGAACCAAAACUCUUGGGGGGAGGGGGGGUGAUAAGGAUUUUAUUGUUGACUUGAAACCCCCUGUCUAUGACAAAAGACUCACGAAAAGGGACUAUUGUCAACGUACAGGUGCUUGUCUCUCUCUAGGAACAGACAACUUUAAACUUGUGCCCAGAGGAGAUUUUGAAUGAGGAAUACAACACUUUAAGAAACCAAAGUCCUUUUUCCCAAAGGUUCUGAAAGCAAAAAAAGAAAAAAGAAAAAAAAAAAGAAAAAAAAAAGAAAGCAAAAAAAAGAAAAAAAGGGAAAAAAGAAAAAAGAGAAAGUAGUACCCACCCCCAGACUCUCCCCUCUUUCCCAAUCCCCUGUCCCUGCCCCAAACUCCAACAAAAAUCGCUCUCUGGUUUGCAGUCAUUUAUUUAUUGUCCGCUGCAAGCUGUCCCGAGACACCGCGCAGGGAAGGUGUGCCCCUCGGAAUUCUCUGGCGCCUCGACUUCCGACGACAGACGGCCUCGUCCAAUCAAGUGACCCUGCAUUGCUCGCAGUUCUGGAGGAUGCUGCUAUCGACCUUCCGUGACUCACGUGACCUAGUACACCAAUGAUAAGGGAAUAUUUUAAAACCAGCUAUAUUAUAUAUAUUAUAUAUAUAUAAGCUAUUUAUUUCACCUCUCUGUAUAUUGCAGUUUCAUGAACCAAGUAUUACUGCCUCAACAAUUAAAAACAAUCGACAAAUUAUUUAAAAAAAACAUGAGGUGAGUGGUGGCGGGGGGUAGGGCUCAGGUAGGGCAGGGGGGCCCCUUUGUGUUUCCUUCUUCUGGGCCUGCGUGCUUGGUGUGCUGAGAACUGGGGCCUCGCUCAUUAGUUUGCUCCUUCAUUCAUUCGUUCACUGAUUGACUCACUGUACCGCACUGUGCCCCACCCACUGCUCUAGGCCGUGGGAAUGCAGCCUGAGACCUCUGCUUCUGGAAAUCCUUGCCCUCACAGAGAUUACGUUCUCACGAGUCGUUGAUUGGAUGACUGAUUCAGGCAUACGUUCGCGUACAUUUGCUCCGCAUCCAUGUUCUACCGUGCACUGGGCAUUUAUCCAAAAACAUACCAAAAGCGUGCCGGCCUCCAGGGAACUUCACUGAUUCACUGAUUCAUUGCUUCAUUCAUUAACUUAUUGAUGGAACCACUCAUUCAACAGAUAUUUAGUAAGCACUUACUAAGUGCCAGGCACUGUUAUAGGUCCUGGGGAUUCAUCAAAGAUCAAAACAGCCCAAGAAGCAUGUGCCUCCUGGAGCUUACAGUCUAGGGAUUGUUGCUUGAGUCAUUUAUGGAGACUGCAUCCAGAUUUCUGCCAAGCACAGGCUGAGCAAGGAGCAGUGGUCCUCCUCCUGUGUCUGGUGGUGGAGGGGUCAGAGGGCCCUGGGUAGGGUGGAGACCUGGUGUUUCUCUCCUUAGAUUCCCAUGGGCAGGGUGCAAGGAGUCUGUCUGUCUCUUUAAUUUCCAGGGGCCCUUUCUUCUAGGUCUUCCCAGGGCCUGGUUGGGAUGUAGGGAAGAGGCUGGCUUGUCUUGGGGUGGGAAGCAGAUUGGGCAGGAGGCUGACUGAGGAGGAAGAUGCCUCCUGUGGGGUCCUGCUGCUGUCACCUGCCUCCCUUGAAACACCUCCUGCCACGACAGGCCAGGAGAAGUCCCCAGUGAGGCCCUACAGAGAGGAAGGAGAGAGGAGGGUGUGGAAUACCUUCUCUGCACAGGGCUUGGGGCUGGAUCGGGUCUUGGCUUCUGACCUGUGUGUUCCCUCUGCAACCCACCUCAGAGCUCAGGCCAUGCACAACUCUUGGUUCUGUCCUUUCUCCCAGCAUUAUGUGGAUCUCUCUCCAUCACUGAAGCCUGUCCCGUGUCACAGUGUGUUUGCUUGGGUCUUUGUGAAGCCCUUUCAGAUGCAUGAUCUCACUGUGAUCUCAGAACAACCUGUGAGGAAAAUAUUAUCAUUAUCCCCAUUUUAUCGAUGGAGGAGACUGAGGCUCAGAAACAUUUAGCAGCUUCUCCAAGAUCACAGAUUAAGAAAGCUGGGGUUGGUGUCCAAAUUCUACAUUCUCCAGAGUUGUAGUAGCUGCUACUUGGUGAGGGCCUACUGUGUUUCAGAUGGCCUGCUAGGGACCUUAUGUGCCCUGCAUGGGCAUCCAUCACGUCCUGAUGUGGGACAUGGGUACUCUUGACUGAAGCUCAGAGAGACCAUCAACAUGUCCAAGGCUUCAGGGAGUGGGUGACUGAGUCUGAGAUCCCUGGGGAUAGUAGUUGUGAUAGUGGUUGUCAUUUACUAAGCACCUACUGUGUGUCAGUUCCUUUCACACUCUGUCAUUUAAUUUAAACAAUAACCCUAUGAGAUGGGUGUGCACUAUUUUUUGCA